AUGGCGGCUGCUGCGGCGGACGGCGCUGCGAACUCCGGCUCCGGAGCGGAGCUGGUACGCGGGCAGCCCUUUGACGUCGGUCCCCGGUACAGCAACCUGUCAUACAUCGGGGAAGGGGCCUACGGGAUGUCAUUCCAGGGCAGCCAAGGUCGAGCCUACCUCUUCAACUCUGUGGUGAACGUGGGCUGUGGGCCAGCAGAAGAGAGAGUCCUUCUAACAGGGUUACACGCUGUAGCCGACAUCUACUGUGAAAACUGUAAAACCACUUUAGGUUGGAAAUAUGAGCAUGCCUUUGAGAGCAGUCAGAAGUACAAGGAAGGAAAGUUUAUAAUUGAAUUAGCUCACAUGAUCAAGGACAAUGGCUGGGAGUGAAUCUGAGAGCUUUUAUUUGAGAACUUGGCUGCUUGUAUCUGCUUUCUAUAUGUCCAGGACUUCGCAGAGAGACCCAGUGAACAGAGACACAUGUGCAGGUGGCUCUGCGCACAACUUUAAAAAACCUCACAACCUGAUUCUUCUGUUGGCUCACUUGAGCCCUUGAGGUUUUUUCUUCUUUUUUCUUUCCAGUUACAGCUUUUUGGUGUAUUCUGUUCUGUUACAGCUGAACCACUAUUCAAAGAAAACAGUUUUCACAUGACCAUUUUUCCCCUAAAAAAAGACUCAAACAAUACCUUGUGGUUUUAGUGAGUGUCUGUCUACAUUUCUUGUGAGAGACUCUUACUGAUGGCAGACUGAUGUUACCGGUUAGCAUUUUUCUUCUUUGACUCCUGUCGUAUCUCUAGCUAUUGCUGUGCAUGCUUUCUUUGCAGUGUAAUGAUGGGAUAUUGCUGGGUAGGGAGGGAUCAGUAAUAUGUAGCACUUCAUAGUAUUUUAUAGAUCGGGAGGGGCUUGCCGUGAUGAGGUAUCUGUAUUCAUCAUAUCCCCUGUGUUCCAUGUAUUACUUUAUUUUCUUGACUGUGCAAUCUGCAGCCACGUUUGGUACUACACAUUACAGCACCUACAUAAUUGUGACCUGAACAGGAGUGGGUACUUGGGCAACUAACCUUGUGUCAAUGGCAUUUGUGGCUGGUUCCAUGUUGCAGCGGCAGUACCAGUACUCAGUACUAGCACUGGACAGCAGGGGAACCCAAUUGAACUGCUUUCCCCAGUAAAGCAUUGCCCUGCGUCGCUGCAGAUAUGACAUACUUGAAUGCAGUUAUUUCUUUUGCACUUUGCUGAGGUCAUGACUUCAUGAGAGUUUAGAGGCAAAUGUCUGUCCCUUUUGUCUGACUCUGCCAGUCUUUUUCAGUGUCUCGAUUUGCCUUUUCAUUGAUGAUUGUAAGAAAACUAAAGUAUGGGUUGACUGGUUGCUGGAAAAAUCAUCUCCCUGUAGUUUUAAAAUUGUGCUAAAUAUGCUGAAGGAGCAGAGAAUUGGUAGAAUAGAACAUUCACAUUACUGCCCUUUUUAAAGCAUUGCCUGUUUUUUCAUUCUUAAAAACUAAACACUAAGUUGCCUCCUUUCCCUCAUUUGGAAACGCAGGCAUUUCUGGAAAAGUUUAAGUGCCACUGAAUACAAAUACAAACCCUCAUGUGACUAAUUAUCUAGAAGAUUCACAACACUUCUGCUGCUAUUGAUAUAUUUUUUGUAUAAAGAAAAAACUUAAUCUUUACCUUGACUUUAUUCUUCUGCACUUUUACUGUUUCAACAGAUGUAUUUGAAUGGUCACUGCUGUGUAAAUGUUCAUUCUGUGUUUGCCUCUGUCCAGCAUGAACCUUGUGCCUCUUCAAAAGAUCCAGUCUCCUGUUGUGCAAUGCAUGACUGGUAUGCCCUGAGAAAUUUCACAUUUAGGGCGAGUUUCUUGGGCUUCAUUCACCAAAACCUAAACUGUGUACAGUAUGUUGAACAGUGUCUCUUUCACAGUAACCUCAGCAUUAUUAAUAACCAUGAUGGAAGUUGCUAUAGUACUAAACGCAAGUGGAAUUUUUGUCCCCCUCUCUAAUUAGGUGGUGUUUGUUAGGGGGUGGGGUGGGUAAAAUGUAUUGCAUUUUUUAAUUUGCAGACUGGUGAAGGAUAUGAUGGCCAGUCUGGUUACUUGGCCUUUAUCAACAGGACAGGUAAAAUAAAUACAAAUAAAAAAAAAAAAAAAAAAAAAAAAAAAAAAAAAAACUACUUGAAAAAUAUACAGACGGAAAAAAAAUAAGAAUAAAGCAUUUUCCCUGUAAGAGUUUUGUACAUAAUAAGAACAUAUUUAAAGUUUUAUACUUAUUUGUACUGGGCAAGUUUCUUCACUUCCCUAACUUCAAGCACUUUUGUUACUGUACCUGUUGGCUUUUUUUUUUUCUUUUGUGUUUGCUUUCACACUAUGGUUUUGUUUUCUUCAGAGCUGAUAGUGAGCGCAGGGAUUUGUGGCUUUUUCCUUUGAAAUUCAGAUUGCAGUAGCUGGCUCUUUCUUGGACCAGAUGAACAUUCCAUGAGCUGGUUUCUCCUGGUUUUUUCGUUGGCAGUAAAUUGGAGGGUGCUAGCAAAUCAUAUAUGGAAACAGUGUCCUGGAAAAAUCUACAAGCUGUUGUCAUUGUAAAACAAUUUGAAUGAUUUCCAAAUGAUGUGUAUCGUGGUCAUGCAUUUAAAACAUGUGAAUACAAGAGCAUACAUCAGUGAAAUGUAUAUUAUAUAGAUAAUAUGGACAAUCUUGAUUUGCUUUACAAAAAUCCCUUUCUAAUUGCAAUUAGAAUAAAAUCUCCCGCUCCAUAGCAUGGCUUUAAAGAAUGUGUUAGCAAGCAGUACUGUUUCUCACAUGGAAUAACUUGAAGGUGAGCUGGAUUCACUUUGAAUUGUCUUAUAGUGACACUGACUGAAGCUUUAGUGCAGUAUAGCAAAUGUCACUAAAGAAUUUGAACACGGUAACCUUAGAGAUGCAGUUUUAUGCAAAGGAAAAGAUUGUAAGUUUGAAGAGUUAUUUUCAUAGGACCGUUAAAAAUAUUAUAAGGUCUAAAGCAUGUUGUAUUUAUAAUAAUUAUAUUGAGUCAUGGCUGUUUUUUUUCAUUUAAGUGGGAAAAAUAAAUGCUUUUUUUAAUUUCUUUUUUUUUUUGUUGGCUACAUUGCUAUGCUAACUGUCUUAGUAAAAAUGUAUGUCACAUUUGUCCAAUAUUUCCACUGAAUUGUAUCUUUCAGAUAUCACAAUAAAAUCUUUCAAUGGUAUCCUGCAUUUUAAUUCAGUUGCAUUGUUGCUCCGCUAAAGUUGGAAUAAUCGUCAGUGUGCAUGGGACUGGCACCAGACAACAAACACAGAUCUGUGAUAAAAUGAACGAGCCCACAGACAAUUCUCAGCUGAGAAGUUUUUGCUUCAUGAUGGCAGAGUUGGUUAGCAAAGCUGGUUAGCAAAGCUCAGGACAGGAGUUAAUUGCUCAAAACUGACUGAUUUGUUCAGAUUUUACCUUGGUAUUUUCAAUUGAUUUAAAGAGGCAGCAGAUCUGAGCACUGCUUGUUUAAACAGAGCCUUUUCUGUACAAAGGUUGUAAAACCAGCUUAUCUAACAGUGAAUGCAAGACAAGUCUAUUUUUUAAGCAACCCCGUGAGUCUGUUUUACAAGUCCCGAGUUGCCGUUGUUUCUUUAUUAGGUCCCUUCAAUUUACAUAUGCCCUUUAUUGUGGUUAUGUCUCGCUUUGGUUUCUAAACGAUCCACACUUCGAGGUACUAGCUUUACAAUUGCUCCA